UUCCUGGUAACUCACUCCCGCUUGCCCCUCAUCAACCCACCGCACGCAUCACAGUCUGUCUCUUCGCCAAGAUGCAGCAGAGGCGACCAGACAUGCGAUUGGUUCUGCCUUCGCCGUUGCUUCUAGGCUCUCGUCUCGCGCCGCUGGGGAUUAGCAUCGUCUUCUUCGUCGCCGCCUCCUGGAUUUUGAACAUCUCUUCUCUCAUCCCGACGCAUGUGACCGACCGCGUGCCUGCUAUUUACUCGAAGCUGUCUGCGCCGCCCUCGCUUCGGUAACCCGUCGAUGUCGGCGCGUACAGGCCUCCGUCUCGCAGCAGCCAUUCAAGGCGAGAGCGUAGGUCGCGAGAGACGCGGAUAUGUGGACGGCUCACAGGGACCAAGGUCGAUGGCCAGGUCUUAAAGCCAAGUGCCAAGUGCCACAACGUUGAUGUGGUUGAUAUGACCGCUGAUCGCUGGGGAAGUUUAGAUCUGUAGCACUGCUGCUUGAGGUCAUAAUUAGCACUAUGAGUAGUCAAAGGGUAGGGGGAGACUUGCAGGGAGAGGAUAUCCUUGGAAUGGAGACCCGAGAUAGCGCCAAAGUUGUCAGGCACGUAACAAACCCAUGACACCACGUAUAUAGAGGUCAACAAGGCUAUUGAGGCUCUUGCCGUAGGUCACAUCCUGUGGAUAGAAAUGAGAGGCGCUAGAUAUAUGA